AUGUCAAGAGUAGGUAGGGAUGGUAACAAUCAUAUAUUUCCAAUAGCAUAUGUUGUGGUUAAAACUGAAACCAAAGAUUCAUGUGAGCGGUUUUUAUUCCUUCUUCUGGAGGACUUAUGUGAAGUCAAUCAUAAGUCAUAUGCCUUUACAUCUAACCAACAUAAGGGACUAGUUAAUGCAGUUCAAGGUAUUAGUACUUGUGUGGAACAAAGACUAUGUGUUAAACACCUAUAUUCUAAUUGGAAGAAGAAGUACUCUGGCUUGGAAUUAAAGGAAUUCAUGUGGGUAGCUGUUAUGGAAAUAACAAUACCAGCAUGGGAGAAAGCAAUCCAGAGAAGAAAAAAAGGCUUUAAAUGA